CUUUGUUCCUUCGGCGAGGCUACCACCACUGAAGCUGGGACGACGAAGUUGUAUCAUCGAUCGGUGGAUGUCGAGGAACGUGUCGACGAGUGUCGCUCAUUGACAAAUGCCCAUACCAACAAGAGGUUGACCAAAGCACGCCAAAAGGCGACAAUCCUCCAUCCAUGGCUCUCAGCCUUUACCUCCUGACCUUCAACUGCGCUCGCACUCUUGUCCAGCCUGAUGCCUUCGCUCCAUAUCUGUUCCAAGCGUUAGAAUCCGAUUCUCAUUCGCCGGCACUAUUGGUUCUGUGUUUGCAAGAAGUCGCACCCAUCAGCUAUGCAUUUCUCGGUGGCUCUUUUCUGACACCUUACUUCACAGCUAUCCGCAACACUGUCAAGCUCGCUUCCAAAGAUCAAAGCUAUAUCAAUGUCGUUACGCGAAACCUCGGUCUGACUGCUUUGAUGGUCUUUGCCCGAGAUGAUGUCGCAGACAACAUUGCCUGGCUUCAUACGGCAGGAGUCGGUUUGGGCCUGAGCGACAUGGGAAACAAAGGGGCCGUCGGAGUCAGAUUAGGCUACAAGCCAUCCGACUCAGAUGAAAUCAAACUGACGUUUGUCUCGGCUCAUCUGGCCCCGAUGGAGGAUGGCCUGGAACGGCGAAAUGAGGACUACAAGAAUAUUGUGCAACGGCUAGUGUUCGUGCCGGACCAAGGUCGGAAAUCUGUCGCCCAGGAUGAAGAAAGUGAAGAUACGCCACUGUUGCAAGGACAACCUCCUACACAAAAUGCAUCUGAAAGCGGUAUAUACACAGCAGACUCGUACCUCUUCUUUGCUGGCGACCUGAAUUAUCGAACGUCUCUACUACGUCCAUCGCCUCAAGAUGUCCAGGACCGAUUUCCUCAACCCACGCAGGACGAGAACAACCCGAAACACUUCCGUCAUUUGCUUGCCGAGGACCAGCUCACUCAGGAAAUCAGGACAGGCAAGACUCUGCACGAAUUGACAGAAGCACCAAUCGACUUCCCUCCAACAUACAAAUAUCGCAACGAUGAGAGCAAGGCUGUGACGUUGGAUGGAGAUCGUGAUUGGGCCUGGGCACCUCACCGCUGGCCUAGCUGGUGCGACAGGAUAUUCUUCAGAAAUGGAGAUGGCUUCAAGGUGAAUCCUCAGAAAUACACCUGUCUACCACUGUUUGGAACGUCGGAUCAUCGGCCGGUGGCAUUGGCUGCAGCAGUGCCAUUGAAAGCAUUAUCGAGGGCAGAGGAGCUUGACAGGGCACCUUUCAGCAUUGAUCCAGAAUGGAAGAGUCGAAGAGCAAUGGCACGAAAGAGGGAACUAGCCGUGGGAAUCCUGGCUUAUUUGACCCUGACAAGAGAAGGGAAUGGCUUGCUGGCUGCUUCUGUUAUUGGUGCGCUUGGAGGCUGGCUGAUUAUCAGGUCACUGUUGGUAUGACGGUUAAGCCGGUGUACUGUAGGAGGUCGUGCUCUUCGGAGUAUUUGCGUGCGCGACGGACCUUCCCGUCGGUGUAUCAAUCCAGAAAGACUUGGUCAUCAGGAGAAGGAUUAAGCGAUAUUUCCGAAUGCUUCCAUGCAUGUUCUAGUUUCAGAGACAAAGGUUCUUCAGGGACACGUUCUACUGACGAUCAAUGAUGAUCAAGUACAGCACUAGUCGGGAUCGUCGGCCGAACGAUCGUCAACGCCGUCGCUGGAAGCAUGAAGCUGUCUGACUGGGCGCGUUGGAAGUUCGUCAAUAUCUAUCAGCCUUGUAUGGCACGAGGGUAGCAAACGCAUCCAUGAUUGUGAACGCAAAGAUCGCCAGGCGUCUCAGUCACGUUCUAAAUAUAGCCCAUACCAUUAGGGUAGUUGAUCC